AUGGCCAGCUGGGCAAAUCGUCCACCCAUCGAAAAUAACGGCGGUCCGUCUUCAUCGCGCAAGAAAUGGAAUUUGGAAGAUAAAAAGUCGCUGCGUAAUUUAAAAUACCACUUUGCGGAAGACGGUUGUUCAGAGGUGCAAUUUACGCUAGCAAAGCAACUUCUAGAAGAUAAUUCGGAGACUGACCCGGCACAAGGAGUCCAAUGGCUACUACGUGCUGCCCAACAAGGCCAUGAAGCAUCUAUCGAACUGCUAAAGCAAUGCUACGAAACUGGACGUGGCAUCACCGAGGCAAAUGAGGAUGAUGUACGAACGAUCCUUGCAAUGAGUCCAGGUGAACGGUCUGCACGUCGCGCGGCACAGGAACUAUUUGCUAGUCUUUCAAAUGGGCAGGAAUAUGUCACUGCAGCGCAGCUCGAAAAACGGAUGCGCGAAAUCUACAAAAUGGACAAAAAACGCAAACGCACCCAGCCGGAUGGUGCCGAGGCGGAGGGCAGCAUGGAGCAUAGUUCACAAGGUGGAUCUUCGGACGAGCAUCAAGCACCUUCAUCCGUCGGUAGUAGCUCAAAUAGCAGCCAUCGGUUGCAUCGCAGCGCCACCGUCAAUCACAUUUCCGAAGCAAACUUGCUAGCGGCAGCCGUCAACUACUCCAACGGACAUUUGCCGGCUGUGAGUGAUGCACUAAUGUUGUCCGUACCGGAUCCACACAGUCUGAAUCACGUGCCGUGCUUUCACCGUCCCUUUUUCCACCCGCUAAUGUUCUUCCAAUUGCUGUACCAUCGGUUUAUUUCGCUUUUGUCAACAUUUCCCGCCACGAGCAGUAGCACAUGGUUUCAGUUGUCCUUUGUGCUCGUCGCUUACUGGUACUUUGCGAAUGACAACCUGCUCGCCCUCGUCCCUGUUGGCGGUUACUAUGCCAGCCUAGCCGUAAUGGUGCUGUGCAGCUUUCGAAUGCUGAAAUCAAAACAUGAGUUUAUUGAUUUUCGCAUGUGGUCUGGUCUCUUUAUUCGUUACGGAGACGAACAUCUCAACACGAACGAUUCCGAGAACCAGUACCUCCGAAAUAAUCUAAAGCCAUAUUUUUAUUUUUUUACGGCAUUUUUUAUCAACAUGGUGCUGCAGCCCAAUAUGAACGAUCAGUGGUUGCCCUUUUCCGAGAUCACGGUGCUAGCCUUUGCACUCACUUUUCUGACAAUGUUUGCCUUUAUAUACACGCUGGGCGAUCCUUUUCCGGACUAUUUGAUUCUGUUUUCCUUUGGGCUAAAUGUGCUUGCCAAGUAUCCUUACGAGAUGGAUGAUGUUGUGACAACCGGGUGGCGCUUUUUGGAUCUUAAGGUGCCCGGCUUUUCAACCUUUGUCAUUGGUAAUGGGAUCGAGUUUUGUCUAAACUGCCGUGCUAUGCUCUAUCUCAUGAUACCGGGUUUUUUGCUAUACAUUGCGCGACGCAACAACUGGCGUGGCAUUUAUCAGUAUCUCAUCCCACACUGUGUAACGCUCGCUUGGCUGCAAAUAUGCAUAAUAAGCUCCCAGUCGGCUACGAUGUUUGGCCUGGUGCGCGGUGCAUUAGGAUUAUCUGGUUUACUUUUGUUCCUACCGCUCUUUGGCAUCGUAACUUUACUAAUACCUGUGUUUGCCGUUAUCGAAUGGCUUUCGCUGACUGACUCUACCGUGCGGUUGUGGUCGUCAAUCUCUGCUGCAGUGACUGCCGUGGCCAUCUCCGGCUAUAUGGCCACUUCACGGCGUACGGAGAGGUACAUUACCUUUCUGCAGAUUGCAAUUUGUGUCAUAGGAACAAUUUUUCUUACACUUCCUCAUAUGAUGUCUAACUUUGAGACAAUCAAUGCGAAUGAAAACCGUCUGUUUGAAUCGCAGUCGACCGAUCCAAUUGAUGAACACCAAGAACAAACAGGUGGCGGUGAUGCACUGCCCGUGAGUCUAAGCUGGGAUUUGUAUUACAAGUUUUGCCACCAACCGGCCUGGGAUACUGAGAAUAAGGUGAAGACGCAACUUCGCUGCACCAACCUCGACGGAACGUUCGUCCGCUGGGAGGGAACCGUGAUGGAUAUGGCCAUUUCAAGCCGACGCAAUGUGCGAGCUCAGCUUAUUGAAGGGUAUCUACCUAAGUUUUUGGCCGAUCGUAUUAACUGCUUUUACGGUGAGGCUAUCGAGCCGGACUGCGGCAAUCCAAACGAAUCAACCGAGGGUGAAUGUGACAACUUAAGGCGUUUUAUGCAAAGACAACGCACAUGCCACCUUAACAAAUGGAACACAUAUGAGUACGAGAUUAAAGUUCGAAUGUCUACUGGACUACUGACAAAGCCUGCUGAGGUCAUUUUGAAGGCACAGCACACGUUCGGCAACUUCACGCAAAGCCUCAACUAUUCCGAUCGCAUAUGGUUCGUUGGAGUGUUACGGGAUUCGGCCCAGUCCCAGCUCUCUUCAACCGGUGUCACUGAACAUCAAUCGUGGGACACGACGAGCGGAUUGAAUCUAAAUCCAGGCGGACCGUCGAGCAUCCUUGGUGUGCAAAGUAUGCGGCUGGGACGGAAGCAUCCUAUAAUUGAGCUGCAUACGAUCGGCUGCCGUCAGUGCCGUAAUAGUUUGCUGUCAGCCGUCCAUUUGAAUGAAGGGCUCAAGAUAAAUGGAAGAAUGCGAGAUCUGUUACGUGGUGUAAAGUAUCUGCUAAAUGUCAUCUUUAACCCGUUGGUUAUAAUCAAAUAACGCGCUCCCUGUAUGCUGUGGGAAAACUCUCAUGUAACUGAUGCUGGUCAUAUACUGAAUCACUCGCUAGUCGCCCAUUGGUAGUCUGACUACGGCGGGACGAAAGCUUCGACAAGUUCCCGUCGUCUGCAAUGUUGCUGCUCUUAUUACUGGAUUCACAAAAAAACUGGCAUUAAGUAUAAAGCUUUAAUGCCCGUAUAUUAUAGGUUGUUCAUAAUUCAAACCAGUUCUGUUGAUACCGUACCAUAAAACGAGCCUAUCAGAGAAUUCUUGGCCUUCUUUUUGUAGAAUUCUCAAACGCUGUAUUUAACGUGAAGUAAUUGCAAUGUGCAUCUGGUGGUUUGAUUUUGCCUGGAUAAAUAAGUAGUGAAGUCAUUUCCGCGUAUAUAU